AUGGCGGCUGCCCAAGUGAUGGACUCACAAAAUCAAAAUCCCUUCUUCCUUGACAUUUUACAAGACAAUGAACAAGGUUUUGAGUCUUUUGACAGCAGUAAUUUGAUGUCCACUCCGCAUUCAGACGUCAAUGUCCAUCAAUCUCCACCCCAAGUUGAAAUGGGACAAUCUAUACCCCCUAUUGCAAAAAAAUCAACUACUAAGAGAGGUCGUCAACGGGGAAUCAACUUCACCAUAGAUGAAGACAUUAAGCUAGUGUCGGCGUGGCUUAAUGUUAGCUUAGAUGCCGUGACAUCGACGGACCAAAAACACACAACAUUUUGGGAGAGAAUUUGGUCUACCUUCCACAAUGACAAGAAAUUUAACUGCACUAAGGAUUCUUUAAAGGAGACCAACAAGUUCUGCAGAUGCUUGGCCCAAAUUGAGAACCGGAAUGAAAGCGGUAAAACUGAGCAUGACAAGAUUGAAGAUGCAAAAACUAUGUAUCAAGUUAAUUGCAAAAAUGCAUUUCAAUUGGAGCAUUGUUGGAGAAUUUUGAGGAACGAAGCUAAGUGGUUGGUUCUAAGAGAUAAUGAAGAUAAUGAAGAGAUGAACUCCGGCGAAACCUUGGAGAGACCUAUAGGCAAGAAGGCCGAAAAUGAGAAAUUAAAGAAAAGAAAGAAUUGUGAUGACUUGAUCCCAACACUUUCCUCCCAAUUGGACGAAAUCAAGGAAGAAAAGAGAAGAAUGCAUGAAGGGAAAAAGGAAACUAUGCGCAUUGCAUUAGAAGAACGAAGAGAGGCAAUGCGCAUUGCAUCCGAAGAACGAAGAGAGUUGAUUCGUAUCAAGGAAGAGAAGAAUGAAGUAGAAAAGAGGAAAAUGGAAGAUGAACUUAUGAUGAAAGAUACAAGAACUAUGGAUCCUGAGUAA